CGAUGUCAUUUCAGGUCGACGAACGUUCCAGGAGGCAUUAAGCUGUCAGGCCGACCAAACUUUGUGCUGAAGCUAGUUUAAAUAUUGCAUUGUGUUGUUGUUGUUUUCGAACUUCCCUUGGAGAAAUUUGCUGAAACCAGCAGUCAAUGUUUUGCAAUGAUGAAUCAUAUUAUAUACGACGUUUGCUCAAAGUUGCGCACAGAAUACAGGAGCCAUCGUAAAGAGAACAUCAAAUUCUUGAGAACCGACUGCUUGGUAAGUUUGACUGUAAAUUUCAAUUUAAUGUAUAGCCAAGUGUGUUCAAUUUUAAGGCCAGUUCAAUUACCAUUGGCCCUACAUUCAUAUUACAUUGUUGGGGCUAUCAGAACAUUAUGUUGGGUAUAUCGUUGGCUGAUGUUGGAACUGCAGGUUCGACUUUGUCCAUUCAAAUUUUCAGACAACAUCGUCGUCCAACACCAUUCGGUGUGUUUGGAAAUGUUGGAUUUUUUUAUCAGACUUGACUUUGCAAAAUAAUGAACAAACCAGAACUGAUAGGUUUGACUUUCUUCAAGAUUUUUGUCGAGCAUCAUCCUGACUGGUUUCUGAAUGCAACAUUGGGUCUUUCGGUUGAAUAUUAUGUUUAGUAUGUUGGUUGAUAUUGAAAAAUAUUGAGUCGUAAAUAAUAUCUCUUUUUUUUGUUUGUUAUUUUUUGAAAUGAUUUAGAUUAAGUUAUUCUGAUUCUGAAAUGUAUUUCAAAGUCUUGUUGCUCGUUUUGGCGUUGCCAUUUUUGCUAAAGGUAAGUGGUUUUUUUGUGAGCAGUAUGACAUCUAUUUUUAUCUGCUAUCAUGCAAUGAGGGACCUGUAAAAACUCAGCAUAUAAAUUUGUAAAGUUUAUUAUAAUUAGGGUCCAUUUUUUUGACAUCGUUGUUUACUACUGAAGCGGUCAAUCAUGUAUUGCCACGCAUUUUGUUGAGAAAUUCGAGUUACCAUGCAUGCGUGAAACUCCGGGUCAUUAAUAAUAAAAAUCAGUACGCUUUCUCUGUCAUGAAAAGGGAUGAUUUAUAGGAGAUUCCUAUUUAAAAGGAAGGCUGAGGCCGUGCACUGAGCAUAUGAGAAAAUAGCCUGAGUAUGAGGUUGAGCUGACGAUAUAUUAGAGACCUUACGAUUUUAGGACGGCAACGGCUACCAAUACAAUAUAUCAUUGAAAAGAAUUGAGUAAUUAUAAUAUAUGAAUAAUUUAUACGUUGUCAUCGCUCUGUUUACAACGCCAAAUCACAGAUUUUCACGUCUUGAUACAACGCCUGCAUUCCAAGCCGCAACAAGUGCAACUUCAAACUGGGUUUAGCAGAACUCUUUCCAACCAUAAAACCCAUGUCUUCAACUUCUAAAACUGUAUUAAAUUCAUACGAUUGAUAAUAUACCACGAACUAUCUUUACUACCAUUUAUUUGAAGGAGUUUGUUUUGGUCGUCGCAUUGCCGUCCUAAAAUCGUAACGUCUCUAUUAUGCUUAUAGGGUUACGACGCCAAGCUCAUCAAUACACUUGACGAGGAAACACCGGCUGAAAUUCCAGUGAUUGGAGAAAUCAAGGCUGAGGAUGAAAGCACGAAAGUUGAUACCAAACGUGCUGUCAGUAGGCGAAAGAAACAAAGUUUUGGGGAUCUCAGCUUGGAAUUGGCAAAGCUGCAUGUAAGUUACAUAAUACAUAUUCCAAUCUUUUGUACUUUUAUCAACUGAUUUUUAUAGCAACACUAAUAUUUUUUUGAAAUCAAACAUCAAUAGAUGAUUAUCUUUAGCAAUCUUUGAACAUUCCCUCGUAUAAUUCUCAUAGUUUUUAUAUUAUAUGUAAGUAUAUGUUGUGCGCCCUUGUUGAACCUCUAACUGAGGAAAAAAGUGGCUAGAACAUGAUUGAGUUAUUCAGUAUUUAAAAAUUUGGUUGUUUAGAUUCUGGAAGAAACCGUGAAGAAAAGUAAAGCCAUAACCAGUUUACAAAACGAAGUCAAUGAAAAUUCUGAAGGUAAAAAUUUCUCAAGAAUAUAUAUUAUUACAAUGAAGCAAGUUAUUCUUUGAAAUCAAACUGUGUGAAUGAGUACCUGAUAUUGAAUACGUUUUGGUUUUAAUUUUGAACCUUGAGUUUCCGUAUUAGUUUCAUAAAAUAGUAUAACCUUCGUAUACCUAGUAUUUAUUUUGCUGUCCUGGGCUUCCUAUACAAAAUCUAUGUAGAUAAAUGCAGCAAAAUCAAGAAAGUUGGUGAACCAAUCAUACAUCACCAUUCUGGAGCUAGUUACGGAGCAUGGAUGCGAGAUCCUCUUGGGCUACUGGGCCCAGAGAAGAUUUGGUACAUAAAUAGAUAUUAUGGUAAUAAAGUGUUGGAAUUUGAAGACAUGGAUCACUUUAAAGCUGGAGAGGUCGCCAAAACCUACACCCUACCAUAUGGUUUUGAUGGUACAGGAUCCAUUGUCUAUGGACGGUAUCUUUACUAUAACAGGUCUGUAUGAAUCUUUGGCCUUAGAACAGGAAUUUUUCACUGAGAUUUUCUUCGUUCAGUCAGAAUAAAAUGGAAUUUUUGAACGAAAACUAUUUACACUGUUAGACCUGACCGGCUGUUGCGAAAAACAUGACUUUCGGCGCUCCAAUGCAGCACUCUGACCACUAAGGCCAUGUUGCCUUCAGAGUUUAAGUUUUCGCAAACAAAGUUCUGCAGCAUAGAUUUUAAAGCGUUCUCUUCACUAUCUUUAACCAAAACAAUUUUCCUCUUGGUGACUCCAUGCCAUUUUAAGACAAAUUCUUUGCCUGUAAAUUGCUUAACAUCCCCACCAGGCGAAGACCAUUUCCCGUGCAGGUUUAAAGACGUUUCAACAAACUGUUUCAAAUCAUUCAAGUCCCCCAUCCAGAAGAAAUCUCCUAAUUCUUGAUAUAGAAACUUAUUCAGUUAGUUUUCAUGAACAUUACUGUUUUUAGGGCUUUGAUAAUUUGUAAAAUUCGAGGAGCUCACAAAAUCGUGACAGUCGUCCAUGAGUUAUCAUAUAUACUAUAUAAACGAACAUUUACUGACAAAAUUGCCACAAAUUACCCGGACGUAGUAAGAUCAAGUAUCCUAUCGAGACACAGUUGGAGAGAAAAAAAAUCAUUCUUAGGUUAUUCUGUCCCCCGCUCGCCUUGACUGAAAAAGCUAGGUACAUAUUUGCAGGUCAAAACGUAACUCAAACAAAAGUUGGAUGCUUCAAUGUAUCCUAUCGUAAUUUCAUCAGAAGGUCUAAUUUAUUUCAUUGAAAGGUUUAUAGACUAUGCAAAUUUAUUUUACAGAAGAAACACGAAAUAUAUCGUACAGUACGACUUGGUUACAGAAAAGGUUAUCAGGCAGGCAUAUCCUCACAGUUCAUUUAAGCCUCGAAAGUAUUAUUAUAGCUGGGGAGGCUACACGGCAAUGGAUUUUUCAGUGGACGAAAGUGGUUUGUGGGUUCUGUAUUCGUACUCUGGUUACAGUGGAAAGUUGUGUGCCACUCAGCUCGAUCCUUUGACCCUGUCAACCCUGCAGACUUACUGUGGUAUUUCCUCUGAGUCCAUGAGCAGCAUGGGAGAUGCAUUUGUCGCAUGUGGUGUUGUUUACAGCAUCGAUAGUUACAGCUCAAAGACAACAACCAUCAACUACGCCUAUGACACAGCCACCGGCUCCAGAACCAAUCCAGGCAUCAAGUUUAUCAACAGAUUCACGUACAACGUCAUGGUGACUUACAACCCUCGCGAGAAAGUCCUGUACGCCUGGGACAGGAAUCGUCAAAUAACAUACCCAUUGGAAUUUGAAGAGUGAAACAAACUUUAACGUCUUGACGGCAAAGGAUUAAUGAAACGGACACGAAUAUGGACACGAAACGUCUUUUUUUAACAAAGAAUUAGUUUAUUGAACAGUAGUUUAGAUUUAUUCAUAUACCACAACCCCAUACUCUGUGGUUUAAUGUGGGGAUAUAGUGUAUAAGUAGUGUUCUACAAUGAACACUUUGGGUUUUAGUUAAACUAUCGAGCACUCCAUAGUAUAUAUGCUUUGUUUUGCAUUAAAAUUUUGAUAAAAUGA